CAAAAAGAUGCUUUCUUAGGUUUGUAGAAAAAGAUAUGGCUGAAUACCUUCGGUUGAAAUCAAGCUUUGUCACAAGUGAUAAACAGCAUGAAGAAGCUGCAGCGAAACUUGCUAAGAUUUCAAAGAAGAAACCGAGUGAAAAGGGUUGGCAAGAAGCCACAGAUGCUUUGUAUGCUUCAAGGAAAGGAUUUCAUAAUACUUCAAUGGUGUAUUGUAACUUCUUAAACAAUCUACAAGAGAAGAAGAAAUGGGGAAUCUUGCGCCCCGUGAUAAGUUUUCUACAGUCAGAGAUUGGAUAUUUUCAAAUGGGAUCUGAGAUAUGCAAGAAAGACAUUGGAGAGACUUUGACCAAACUUAAUGAAAACUUAACAAAGUUAGAGGAGCAAGCCCGUGAGAACCGGGACCUAGAUGUUGAGCGUAUGGACAGAUUGGAUGCCGGAAGCACAAGAUCUUACAUCCCUGAUCCUCCAUCCUCCAUGGACUUCCCGGAUCUUGCAGUGGAUCGAUCGCGGACACAAAUCAGCGGAUAUUUAUUUUAUAGAAGCCGAGGUGGUUUACUAUCCCAAUGGCAUCGAAGUUACUUCUUCACUCAAGGUGGGAACUUAAUGCAACAAUCCAAACGUGAGGUGGCCGGCCAAUUAUUUCUUGAUCUUGAUGCUUGUACAGUGGAUCGUAUCGAUACAGAUGACCGAAGGAAUGCUUUCCAGGUGACAUCAUCAGACAGCAGGCGUGUAGUUGUUUUACAAGGUGAAAGCAAACAUCAGUAUGAAGAAUGGAUGGCCACUAUUGGUAAUAUAUCGGCUGGUUUAUAUCUACAUGAUGAUCCACAGGCAGCUGCUGUAGAAACACAGAAGCAAGAUACUGCUGUGGUUGAAACUACAACAG